UUUUUUAUAGCACUAUAAGUACCCUCAUUUCUCGCAACAGUUCUUCAUUCCAUACACAUUCAAAACAGCUCUUUUGCUUCUGUUUUCUUUGUUUUGUGCUGUCAUUCCUUUUCAACAUUGUUGGCAACAUGACUAUCCUCAUUGAGCAGCCUGAUCUGGGUUUACAGGGGGAGGAUAAGAGGGUUCCUUUUGAUAACAAUGACUUGGUUUUGGAUGGAGGAUUUCCAGUUCCAAAAUCUAUGCAAGAUGCAGGGUUUGACGCCCCAGAGAUCAAUUCAUUUGGCCACUCAUUCAGGGACUAUAAUGCUGAGAGUGAAAGACAACAGACAGUUGAAGAAUUCUAUAGAGUGAAUCACAUUAACCAAACAUAUGAUUUUGUAGGUUUCAACAUUGUUUUAGUAAUUUGUUAUCCAAGCAAACAUCUUGGAAAAGUUCUUCUUCAUCCUAGUUUUGGGGGCCUUCCUCAAUGGGCUGUUGUUGGUGACACCUUCCCUCUGGGGUGUGCUUUCGACAAAUCGAUUGUUCAUCACAAGUAUUUUGAGCACAAUCCAGAUUCCAAAAAUCCUGUUUACAACACUGAGAAUGGAAUUUAUGUGGAAGGUUGUGGCCUAGACAAUGUAAUGAUAUCAUGGGGGCAUGAUGAUUACAUGUAUUUGGUGGCUAAGGAAAAUGGAUCAACUCUGCCUCCAGCUGCAUUGUUCAUCAUCCGAUACCACUCUUUUUAUCCAUUACAUAAGUCAGGAGCAUACACGCAUUUAAUGAAUGAGGAUGAUGUUGAGAAUUUAAAGUGGCUAAAAAUUUUCAACAAAUAUGACCUCUACAGUAAGAGCAAAGUUCGCAUUGAUGUCGAGAAGGUCAAGCCAUAUUAUCUUUCUCUCAUUGAGAAGUAUUUCCCAGUGAAGCUGAGAUGGUGAAUGUUCCAGAUUGAAGACAUAUUAUUUGAGAUAUUAACGGAUUUGUUAUUGUGCUUGAUUUGUGCACAAAUAAUACACAAAAGAAAUACGAGUGUGAUGUAAUUCCUCUAAUUUUAUCCAGAAAUUUCUAUCAAUAAAUGAUGUACAAUGCAUUUGGUGGAAUUAAA